AUUGCAAUCUCAGAAAGGUAGAGAAGGUGGCGACAAGGACUCACAGGUGCCGUCCCCCUCCAGUGCCUCCCUCUCUGCGCCGCUCUCUGCACCUGCCGCUCCUCGCUUGCAGGUUUGGUUGAUGGAGUGUAAAGAAAACCCCAGGUGUGAUGUUUUUUACCUGUACUACAGCUGUAACAGGUCAAGACUCACUUUUAGCUAACUGCGAAAUCAUUAUCAACCCCAACAAAAUUAACAUGAAUGUCUUAAUAAAAUCUAAUCCCCAUCUGGGUUCACUUUCCCGCAUCAUCUCAAAAAUGUCUUCUGCGGUUGCUCCCCUGAAUCGGGAUCCAAACAGGACCUCCACUCCGCAUGUGGCUCACUUGUCUCUUAAGGCUCCUUUGCUUUAAAGUGGCCUCCCCUUCCCUCUUCGCCACCGCAACAUCCAUUUGUUGAAGUUUCUGGAUCAUUUGUUCCAUUUACGCAUUAUUGAGGCCUCCUUUAACAUCCCCCAGUGAGGCUCCAGCAUUCUCUCCGGAGAGGUCUGCACAUCUUUGGUUGUGUCUGUCCUUACGUUCUUCGGAUUUAUUGACGUAACGGUAAAUUCAUGGCAUCUCUUCCAAACCCCAUUUUCCCGUCUGUCCAGAUAAAUGGCAACAUAUCUGGUUUUUCUGACAAAACUAUAUCUAGCGACUUCACUAAACUGUCUCAAUAACUUUAAUAACGGAUAUCUGUGUGCCCAUUGGGAUUUUCUACACACAGUCACGUGAUCUGAAAACAUUUCCCCUUCUGAGCAUCUUUUGUUCCUUUUCACCGGCUCUGGCUGGGAGCCCCGGGCGCUGAGUGGAGGCGGGUUAGCAAACGUCCUUGUUUUGUUCUCAGUCCUGCAGGCGCGCUUUUCAGGGUCAGGAGGACACAGGACAUUUCCUGCAAACGGCCUUUCCCACAUUCCCGUCUAGUAGAAGAUUGCGGAGUCUUUUUAAGAAGCCUAAGCGGGAUGUUGAGUUUCAUCAAUACUUUUUUCCACAUUGGUCGAGUUGAUCAUACAAUUCCCUUCCUUUGGUCUGUCACCAUGGUGAAGUAAGCUGAUUCUAACGCUAAAUAAGCCCACGGGGGUCCUGAGGUUUCAUCCGGGCCGCUCGGGCUGCCCCACCCUGCAUGGUCGCGUCUGUGCUGGCCGGACGUGCCAGCCGCGAGUCGCUCUCCGCUUCCAGCGUCCAGCUUUGCUGACAAAGGUGACCAAGUGAGCUCCGAGAACUAAUUUCUGCUUCCCAAGAUGGAAGAAGAUGCUAGCCUAUUCCCUAAGGAGCUUUUGGACAAUAUCCCGCUUGUGGAAGAUGAAAGAGACGAACUAGAAAAUCCAGAGUUUGAGGUUGAAUUUCUUCCUCCAGAAGCUGGAAACAGUGCUGACUCGGGAUGCCUCUGCCCAGAGAAAGAGCACAACACUGAUGCUGAUAUAAGUAAGAAGAAAACAGCCAUCCCAGAUCGACUCCAGGCAUGCCACCUGCGAAAGACCUUGAGCCACCUAGAGAAGCUGCGCGAAGAGAAAGAGCUUUUCAUUCAGAAAACCAGAGGAGAGCUGCGCGCUUGCCGCCAGAGGAUGGAUCUCAUCACCAAACAGCAAGCGAGCGUGGCGGCCGAGGUGGCUGCGGGAAGAGAGGCCAACAACACUGCAGCUGUGGGCCGCCUCCAGGCGGUGUCCAGACGCCUGUGCACGGAGCUGGACAACGAGAGAGACCUGCAGUCGAAAACCAAGGCGCUGCUGCAGAAGAGCCAGAGCACCAUGUGGCAUAUUGCGAUCCAGGAGAGACAGCUCGAGGACCUCCAAAAGUCUGCCCAGGACCAGGCGGUGGCUGGCAGGAAGUGCCUCCGGGCGCGAGCGGCCAAGCAGCUCCUCAGGGAGGAGGAGGCCUUGGAGAAGGCUGAGCGGAACCGGCUGCUGAGGGUCAGGAAGUCCAUGCACCUCCAGAAGGAGCGCGGGCUCCGGCACCAGAAGCUGGUGGAAGACGCCCAGAGGAACCACAGGAUCGCGGUAAAGUUCCUGAAGACUUCCCUGAGAAGAGUUCGCGAGCAGGAGAGGCAGGAGGAGAUGAAGUCGCGGGCGCACAUGAAGAGGCGCAUGGACGCGGUGCUGGCCCUGAAGAACAGCAUCACCGCCAACAGGGAAACACUCCGGAAAUUUCAAGCAUGGGGCCAAGCCAAGGCAGAGCUGGCUGAGCAGAAGGCCCAAGCCAAGAAGGACAUGAUUCUGGCCCAAGGUGGGGACGCCUUCAAGUACGUUGUCCAUCAACGCCGGUGCCAGGAGCUGGAAGCCCAGAACCGCACCUUUGAGGAGAAACAGAAGCUCAGAAAGCAGGAGAUCGUCACGCGGAUUUUGAAAGCAGCAGCUGAGGAGGAGACCCGGGAGAAGCAGCAGUCUGCCCCUGCCAGAGCCGCCGACCGGCCGCCUCUGCGGGCUAAGACGUGGAGCUAUGUCACAGACGUCUGUGAAGGGAGGGACACAGCAGUCCUUUCCUGUCACCUGCUGGACAGUGACGGGGCCGCACACCCCAAAGCCCCUCGGUCACUGGUAGCCAUUUCCAGUGAGUCCGUCCAGGGGGACCCCGGGAACACCAGCUGGGAAGGUGACUCUCUGGCUGAGCCGGAGAUCCCCGGGCUCUGGAAGGACGACCGUAAGCCGUACCAGGUGCCCAAAGAGGAUGUGGACCGGAAGCCUGUGGGCGGGACGAAGAUGGACAAGGACAUCCUGGCCCGCACCAUGGAGAAGCUGCACAGCAGAGUGACCCACAAGCAGGUGGCGUCCGGGCGCGAGUUCAGAGGUCGCCCCUUCAACAGCAAACCCAAGCUCAUCCACUUCAAGGAUUUUGAUCUUGGCAAAGUGUACAAGAAAAAGGUCACGUUGAUAAACGCCACCUACACCAUUAACCACUGCAAGCUGGUCGGGGUGGAGGAGCACCUCCGGGACUUCAUCCACAUCGACUUUGAUCCCCCUGGUCCCAUGUCAGCAGGGAUGUCCUGUGAAGUACUUGUCACCUUCAAGCCCAUGAUAAACAAGGAUCUGGAAGGAAACGUCUCAUUUAUGGCUCAGACGGGCGGAUUUUCUGUUCCGCUGAAGUGCUCCACGAAGAAAUGUGCGCUGUCCCUUGACAAGGAGCUCAUCGACUUUGGCAGCUAUGUGGUGGGGGAGACCGCGUCCCGGACCAUCACGCUGACCAACAUCGGGGGCUUGGGCACCAAGUUCAAGUUUCUUCCGGCAUCAGAGUCCUAUGAGUUGGACGUCUCCCAGUCGGUCAUGAAAACAAGCAGCCUAUUCACAGAUGAAGAUAACGUUAAAAUCACCACCAGCAUUUCUGAGCAACAGAUCGAGGGCAACGAGUCCUCUCCCACACACAUGCCAAGCUGGAAGGAGUCUGGGAAGCAGGACAGCAAGGAGCAGGAAGAGGGGCGCCCCACAGAAUCCGAGGGAAUGACCGUGACCACUGUCGUGACCAUACCUCCCAAAGAGGAACAGACAGAGAUCUCGCUGGGAGAGGUGACAGAGGGUGAGAUUGGCCCCUUCAGCUCCGUUAAAGUGCCGGUCAUCUUCACGCCGGUCAUCCCGGGAGAGAUCCAGACCAAGUUCAAGGUUGUGUUCAAGAAUCAGCAGUGCCCGACAUUGUAUUUCAGAGUCCUGGGCGUCGCUAUCGACGUGCCCGUCUGGGUGCCAAAGCCCAACGUAGAUCUGAAGAUGUGUAUGUAUGACCGGCUGUACCAGGACUCCGUCGUCGUGCACACACGGUCGAAAGCGGCCCUGCGUCUGAAGUUCGAAGUGUGCAAGGAGCUGAGGGAGCACAUAGAGCUCCUGCCCGAGACAGGCUCCAUCCAGGCCCAGUCCUCCUACGCCGUGCAGCUCAAGUUCCUGCCGCGACACUCCCUCCCAGAAGAUGCAGGGAAGUAUUUCGACAAGGAAACCAGAGUCCUGGAGGCCCCAAUGACAAUCUGGGUGGCUGACCAGAUCAAGCCGGUGGGGUUUACCGUGCACGCUGUGGUCACCACCUCGGACCUGGAGCUCAGCCCCUCGGCCGUGGACUUUGGCUACUGCACCAUCUACGAGGCCAUCAGGACACAAGUCAGCCUCUACAACCACUCCCUCCUGCCCCAGGGCUUUGGGUUCGUCGGGCUCCCCAAGUUUGUGGACGUUCAGCCCAAUGACGGGUUUGGGACAAUCCUGCCACUAGAAAUGCUGCAACUUGACGUGAUCUUCCAACCCACCAAGGCUAAGGAGUACAACUUCGAGCUCGUCUGCAAGUCUGAGAUCAACCGGUGCUUCAAGCUGGCGUGCCAGGCUGUGGGCGUCCACCCGCCCCUGGAGCUGUCCCACUACCAGGUCAAGUUCGCAGCCACCUCCCUGUACAGCAUGUCCGUGGCCACCCUGUACGUCAUCAACUCUCACGUGAGCAUGAACUCACUGACCCACUCCGUGCCCCGCAUCGGCUCAGAGGACCCCUCUCCUGUGGGGCCCACGUCCUUCGAAUUCCUGCUGCCCCCGGACUCGCCCAUCACCAUCUCGCCCUCGGUGGGGACCGUGCUGCCAGGAAAGAGAUGUCUGAUCCAGGUGGCCUUCCGGCCCACGCUGCCCAGCCCGCUGAUCCAGCAGGAAGCCUCCCAGGCCCCGACCAAACCAGUGGAGGUCAGACGGGUCCGCAAGGACACAGUCACCCAGAGGAAGGACCUAAGGAGACAGUCCUUCUCCGUGCUUCGGCCGCAGAACCAAGACCAACUGCUCCGGACCUCAACCACCCCGACCUCAGAGCUGUAUAAGCAGGACCUCAAGUUCAGUUCCGACGAGUACCAGGCUGCCCAGGCCACGCUGGCCAGAUCUUUCCAGGGGAAGUUUGACAAGUUUGUGGUUCCCUGUGUCGUUGCCAGUGGUGACACCAAAGACAGGAAGGGGACAGAACCCCUGAGCUUCAGUCCUCACAACACCCUGUACCUGGAGCUGUGGUGCCCGGCAGUGCCACCGUCUAUUGUGGUGACCUCCAACAAAGGCCAAACCAUCUCCAACUUCGGUGACAUCGCUGUAGGGCACCACGGCAUAAAAAAGGUCUCCAUCCAGAACAUCUCCCCAGAGGAUCUUGCUGUGGAGUUCUCCGUGCUGAACCCCAAUGGUCCCUUUGUCCUGCUGAACCCCAUCAGCAAGCUGCUUGCUGGCGAGACCCAGGUCCUGACGCUGUCCUUCUCUCCCCAUGAGAGCGUCCUGGCCCAAGAAACACUGGACAUCAUCACCAAGAGAGGCACGCUCUCCCUGACCCUCAUGGGCACCGGCGUGGCAUCCAUGAUCACAUGCUCCAUUGAAGGGGAUGUUCUCGACAUGGGUUAUGUGAUUGCCAGAGAGUCUGUGUCCUCAACCUUCAAGCUGCAGAACCGCUCCACGCUGCCCAUCAAGUUCUCCCUGCAGCUGGACAGCCUCUCCCGCUCCAGGAGCGAAGCCCGCCAGCGACUGCCGCAGUUCCUCGCCUCGCGGGCGCAGAGGACCGAAGUAGUGGGCACUCAGAACCACAGCGGCCAGAGCGUGUUCAGCGUGGUCCCGGUCGAGGGCAUCAUGGACCCGGGCAAGGCGCAGGACUUCACCGUGACCUUCAGCCCAGACCACGAGAGCCUGUACUUCUCCGACAGGCUGCAGGUCGUGCUCUUCGAAAAGAAACUCUCCCACCAGAUCCUUCUGAAGGGCGCGGCCCGCGAGCACAUGAUGUUCGUGGAGGGCGGAGACCCCCUGGACGUGCCUGUGGAGUCCCUGACCGUGAUCCCCACCUCUGACCCUAGGCAGCUCCCUCACUCUCUGGGUGGCAGCCCCACCCCACGCCAUUGGCCCCCAGCCAGUUCUCUCUCUUCGGAAGCAGAGGGGCCGAAGCCCAUCCUGGUGACCCUGGAUUAUAUCCAGUUCGACACGGACAAGCCAGCCCCACCUGCCACCCGAAAGCUGCAGGUGGGCUGCAUCCGGACCACCCAGCUGUCCCCAAAGAAGACUGUGGAGUUCAGCCUGGACGGCGGCACAUCUCUGCAGCACAAGGGCUUCACCAUCGAGCCCUCCAGGGGCACUGUGGAGCGUGGCCAGACCAAGACCGUCACCAUCUCCUGGAUGCCGCCUGCCGAUUUCGACCCAGAUCAUCCGCUCAUGGUGUCAGCCCUGCUGCAGCUCAAGGGGGACGUGAAGGAGACUUACAAGGUCCUCUUUGUGGCCCAGGUGGUGACCAACUCCUGAGGCCACAGGAGUCUCUCCAGAGCCCCCUCAAACCCUCUGCUCACCCUUGAAGCCCUCCCCUGGUCUGUAAACCAGCAUAAACCACCCACAGCCUUGGGACAUUGGCACCCCCGCUGGGCAGGUUCAAAUGUGCAGCCCUCUGAGUGACCCUGUGGCCAGGGCACCCCAGCCCCCCAGGCAUGGCCACUUCCUGCUGCCCCGGACCCAGUGAGUCCAGAGGCCCAAGAGCACCCCCUCCCCGGCCCCACUCAGAACCAGCAAUAAGGCGAGUCCUACCCACAACCCUCUCUUACUCUGAGCCCCUCAGAACCCCCAGCCCCACCAGUACCCACCUGCCCAGCCUUUAGAAGCCCUGGUGGGGGGAAGAGCUGCCCCCACAGGUCUGUCAAUAAACCUUCUGGGCCUCUUCAUACAGGCCUGAAGUGUGGGAUGUGCACCGAAUCAGAGAUAGGGACAGAUCCCUGGGGAGGCAGCGCCCUGCCGCCUACCCCCCCCCACACACCCAUAUACACAAAUCAGUCCAUAAACAAUGAACUCUGCCCCUCUGGAGGGUGGUGCCUGGAUCACUGGGGAAACCGCUAGCAAGGCAGGGGGCUGGGGAUACAGGCUGGAGUUGAGACAGGCCCGGACCCAGUGAGGCCCUGCAAAGACGGAGAAGGGUACAGGAGGUUCCAAAGCCAAUGGGUUCCUUUAGGGUUCUCUGCUCCUCCCAAGUUUCAGGAUCCCUGAUGUCCCCAAGGAAGGAGGGAACAAAUGUGGGGGACUCAUGCUCAGGGCCUCCCUCAGUGUCUAGCUGGGGUCCAGGGAGAGGCCCAGAGCAUGAGUUUUGUUUUCCAUUUUUCUGGACAGAGUCUAGGCUCAGCCUUCUGGGCUCCAACAGGUCCUUCAAAGCAGAAGCCCCACAGGCCAUAUGACACUCCUGGGAGCUCAGAAUGUCCCCUUGCCCCAGCACCUGCCUUCUGGAGAGUGCUGGUUGGACA